AUGUUAAAAUCAAGUCGUUCUUUGUCUUCCAGAAAAAUUGAGAAACUUACGAAAAAGCGAAACAACUCAGUUUCAGAAUCGGGGAGCUAUGGGAAGUUUUUGGAAUUCCUCUAAUCUCAUGCAGGAUAACCUUAUAGCCAAUUUUUAUACAUGCAGGAAUUCUUCAACACUAAUUUAGCCUAGUUUCCUACGGAUGAUGAAAUAUCUUAAAUCCAACACAACCUUCAUGUUAGCAGUGGAUUGUUAUCGCAUAAGAAGAAGAAUUGGACGAUAGAAGAAAAGAAAGUGCUAAUUUGGAUAGUGGGUAAAUUGAGUUAGGCUCAAGAUUUGGACAUAAGAGAUUUACCUGAUGAAUUCUGGGAGGAUGUAUCUGAAAUGGUUUAUAGGAGAGAUGCUGUCUAAUGUAAGUAGAAAUGGUCAUAGUUAUAAAAGACUGAUUUGCAAUCAAAGCCAUUCACUUAAGAGGAGGAUCAGGCAUUACUUAAUAUCAUCAACAAAUAUUAGGAAUGUGAAUAGGGGUAGAAAUGGAGUUUGAUUGCAAAUGAGUUGAAUUUACAUAGUAGGAAUUAUAGAUCAAGUAAAUAGUGCAGAGAAAGAUGGCUGAAUCAUUUAAAUCCAAGAAUUCGGAAGGAUCCUUGGAAGGAUGAUGAGGACUUUCAGUUACUCAAUUAUGUUCAGGAACAGGGUAGAAGAUGGGCAGAUAUUUCAAAAUUAUUCAAUGGGACCAGAAGUGAAAAUAAUGUGAAAAAUAGAUUCAAUAGUUUAGUAAAACGAGAAAAGGAUUUAAUCUUAAAGUUACAAAAUGGAUAAAAUGCAACUAUAGAAACUAUGUUGGGGAAUCUCACAGGAUAAAAUCUGAAUGAGGAAUAGAUUCAAGCUAUUGAAGUGCUCAAGAAUAAAAUUAUUUGGAGACAAAGGUAAUUGAAAGAUAAUGAAAAUAUAUAAACUGAAUUUCUGAGGAGUUCUAUCGUUGAAGAUCCUGAGAAGAAUGAAAGAAUACAAAUGAAACGAUCAACGAUAGUCAAGUAUGCUGUAGGACAUCUUCAGGAUGAUCAAAUAACUACUGAAGAAUUGACUCCUUGUUUAGUUAAUAUAGAAAAGAAUAUGAUCUACUUUUGUUCCAAAGAAUAAAUACUUCAAAUUAUCAAUAGAUAACUUAAUCAAAUCCAAGAUAAUUUAGAAUAUUUUUAAAAGGAAGUUAGAAUUUUUGAUUCUGGAUUAAUUAAUUAAAAAACAUAAUUAAGCAUAAUUAGUGAAAUUAAUGAUUCUAAAUUUAGUUCAUUCAUUUGCGGUGUCGAAGAGAAUUAAAGUUUAUACAACAAACCAAAUGUUAGCAACUAGCAUUCCAACCUCGAUAACUACCUCAAUUUACAAUCAUCUCAGAUAUUGCAGGAUCAACCAGAAGGCUCUAAAAUUCUAUACUUAAAUCCAAUUGAAAUCAUCCAUUACAAAGCCUUUCAAAAUAUUUAAAAAGCAUACAAAUCAGAAAAUCUAUUAAACAAGACAGCCUAAGAAUUUAAAAACAUCCCCAAAUCAUUACCAAAUGUCAUUUCAAAUUAUACAUCAUGA